ACCUCUUCCAUCCAUGAAAAAAAAAGAAGAAAAGUUGGAAGCCUCCAACCAACAAAGACUAAUCAAACAAUCGAAACCAGCAAAAGCAAUACCAGUAUACCACCAACAACAGUGAAUAGAAUAAUAUCUUUGGUUCACAGAACAUUCCACACCAUGCAUGCCACACUAUUCAUUUUUAAAAUCAAAUUACAUUUUACUGCACACUUGUUUUCCUAUGCUCCAACACAUCGCACAUAGUUUCCAAUACCAACCAACCCCCUUCAUAAACCCCUCACAGAUCACAAUUAUUCAUUCAAACACACAUCAAUCCAAUCCACAAUCACAAACACUAUGGUAACUUCAACUAAACUCGGCUCAACGGCUCCUCCCAGCUCGGCUACUUUAUCAUGCGACGGCACGAUGGGCCGCCACCUUGCUCGUCGGCUUGUCGAGAUCGGCGUCCGGGAUGUCUUCUCCGUUCCCGGCGACUUCAAUUUAACUCUUCUCGACCACUUGAUCGCUGAGCCGCAGCUUAACCUUGUCGGCUGCUGCAAUGAACUCAACGCCGGCUAUGCUGCUGACGGUUACGCGCGAGCUAAAGGUGUCGGCGCGUGUGUUGUCACCUUCACUGUCGGUGGACUCAGUAUUCUCAACGCGAUUGCCGGAGCUUAUAGUGAAAAUCUGCCGGUGAUUUGCAUAGUUGGUGGACCCAAUUCCAAUGACUAUGGAACCAACCGUAUCCUCCAUCACACCAUUGGGUUAUCCGAUUUCUCCCAAGAGCUUCGAUGCUUUCAAACGAUCACGUGUUUUCAGGCAGUGGUGAAUAACUUGGAGGAUGCACAUGAACUUAUUGAUACUGCAAUUUCUACUGCUUUGAAAGAAAGCAAGCCUGUUUACAUCAGCAUAGGUUGUAACCUUCCUGCAAUUCCUCAUCCAACUUUUGCUAGGGACCCAGUUCCAUUUUUUCUUGCACCAAAGGUAAGUAAUCAAGAAGGAUUAGAAGCGGCAGUGGAAGAAGCGGCUGCGUUUCUGAACAAAGCGGUGAAGCCAGUUAUUGUGGGUGGGCCAAAACUAAGGGUAGCAAAGGCACAAAAGGCAUUUAUGGACUUUGCAGAAGCUAGUGGAUAUCCAAUAGCUGUUAUGCCAUCGGGUAAAGGACUCGUACCGGAACAUCAUCCACAUUUCAUUGGAACAUACUGGGGUGCUGUUAGUACUUCCUAUUGUGGAGAGAUAGUUGAGUCUGCUGAUGCUUAUGUUUUUGUUGGUCCCAUCUUCAAUGACUAUAGCUCUGUCGGAUACUCGUUGUUGAUAAAAAAGGAGAAAUCGUUAAUCGUGCAGCCCAAUCGGGUGACCAUUGGCAAUGGUCUUUCAUUGGGUUGGGUUUUCAUGGCUGAUUUCUUAACUGCAUUGUCUAAAAAGGUGAAGUUCAACACCACAGCUGUGGAGAAUUACCGUCGUAUCUAUGUUCCACAUGGCAUUCCUCUGAAGCGAGAAAGCGACGAACCUCUUAGAGUUAAUGUUCUAUUCAAGCACAUUCAGGAACUUGUAAGUGGAGAUACUGCUGUAAUAGCUGAAACUGGAGAUUCAUGGUUUAACUGUCAAAAGCUCCGUCUGCCUGAGAAUUGCGGUUAUGAAUUCCAGAUGCAGUAUGGAUCAAUUGGUUGGUCAGUAGGUGCUACUCUUGGAUAUGCACAGGCUGCAACUGAUAAGCGUGUCAUUGCAUGCAUCGGCGAUGGCAGUUUUCAGGUGACAGCACAGGAUAUUUCAACAAUGAUCCGAUGCGGACAAAGAAGCAUCAUCUUCCUCAUUAACAAUGGAGGUUAUACAAUUGAAGUUGAGAUUCAUGAUGGUCCAUACAAUGUGAUCAAGAAUUGGGACUAUACUCGCUUUGUGAAUGCCAUCCAUAAUGGGGAAGGGAAAUGCUGGACUGCCAAGGUACGUACAGAGGAAGAGCUGAUAGAAGCAAUAGCAACAGCUAGUGGAGCAGAGAAAGAUUCACUAUGUUUUAUAGAAGUUUUUGCACACAAGGAUGACACCAGCAAAGAGUUGCUAGAAUGGGGAUCUCGUGUUGCUGCUGCUAACAGCCGUCCUCCAAAUCCCCAAUAGAAAAUAAAUUCCUAAUUAUUGCAUAUCAAAAGAAUUAUUACAAUAUGUAUAUUUUUGUGUGCUUACUUGGAAUAAAUGAUCAUUUUUCUGACUUCCAUCUUGUCCCCAAGUGUUCCCCUCUGUUGUUAACAAGCAAAGGUUUAUGACUUCAAGGUCCACACAGCAUAAGAUCAGUGUAUUCAGAUUGCCUAAUGUAGUAUUUGAAGUAAGAUUUUCAACGACAAUUUUAUAUAUUAACAUAGAAUAAAGAGUAUGAAACUCAACUAAGUUUGAUUUCUUUUGCUGUGUACAAAGAUAGUUUAACCUCAAAGAUGUAUCAUGACCAAUCAAUUGAUAAACUUUGUUGAUUCCAUUCCAA